CAACCCUAAAAGCCCUUUUUUACAGCAAUGUUUUCUAUUUAAUUUUUAGCCCUGCUACCACCUGAGAGCAAAUACCAAAAAAACCUGAGUUAGUACUCUCUCUCUCUCUCUCUGCUUGCUUCACCAAAAUGUUGGGGAUGUGCUAUCCUCACCAUACUUCAUUGCAGUCAAAAGAUGAACGAAAGUUCCUAAAACAAAGCUUUGAUGGUUACUCCUAUAAGGAAUUUGCUGAUUUAGAUUUGUUUCGCAGAUGCUUCUACCCUCAUGAUUGGCAAUAUGAUGAAUUUUACCCCAAAUGGGAGAGGGUGCUUAAGUCAUACAUUGGUGAGGAUGGGUUGGGGGUGCCUAUGUUAGAUCGGCUCUGGCAACAUGUCCUAGCAAGCACCGGCGGUAACCAAUCGGACCCCAGCCAAUUAUACAAGAAUGCAGUGGGAAGAGUGGAGAUAAAAGCCAGAGCUGUCUAUAUUGAAGAAGAUAUCAUCAAAUGCAGUAAUGAAGAAUUCCUGCAAGUAAUGACAGAGCAAGGUUGUUUCAUACUACAAGUAGCCUUGUGCUCUUUGGGUGGUCCAAAACCCUUAGGUUAUCCUCCAGAUGAUCCACUCUUCGGCGAAAAGAGAUGGAACAAGGAAGUCAUCAGAUUUCUUGUGAACAGGUAUAUUUUUUCUAUCAACAAUCAAAUUUCAUUAGUAAUCCUUGAGGCGUUGAUGAAACAGGGAUUCUUCCAAAAGGUACUCAAAUCAGGAAAAUGGAAGCGACCCAAUGACUUGGCAAGGAUGGUUUUGUAUGAUUUCUUGGUAGAACCAAUGUUAGAACACCAAGUGAAGAGCCAAGGAAAUUAUAUGAUGAGACUUCAUGGGCUUUUUCACAAGAGGAUGAUGAGCCGUCGUUGGCAUCAAGAACAACCUAUUACUCUUCGCCAAGCUCUUUGGUUGCUAUUGACUGGACCAGGCUCCUCCCAUGGCCGCGGCGCCAACCAUAUCGAGGAAGGUGAUUACCUUUAUACCAACUUCCCCACAGUACGGGGUGCGAUGGAGUUGCAAGCAGCGGGAAUCAGUUUCAAGAGUGAAGAGGGAAUGGGAACGAGACAGAUAAAGUUCAAGAAAACAAUGUUAGGGGGUUAUCUUUACCUCCCCUGCAUCUGCAUGGAACCUCAUACUAUGACAUUGUUUCAGAAGGUGAUCAAUGAUGAAGUUGAAUUUGAGCUGGAUAUAAACCGGCGUUCAGUUUCUGCUUAUGUAAGUUUAAUGAAAGAGCUCAUCCGUAGUCGUGACGAAGUCAAAGUUCUUGUCACACAAGGUAUCAUUGAGGUUGAUCCUGAAUAUGAACAACAAUUGCCGGAUGCGUUAUUGAAGUUGCAGACAUCGGAGGUAGGAAACAGCCACCAUCUUGUUGCCGUCCGGCGUCAGAUUUGUAGGAACAAAAACAAAGCAUAGGCCCACGGAACGGCUGGACCCCUAUUCUGGCGAUGUGGCACAACAGUUUGAAAAAUCUGAAACACUGGACCCAAAAAAAAAAA